UUCCAUACAGCGAUAUUACAUAAAAUCUCUCAGAUAUGAAGUAAUCGCAAAAAUAUACCCACAUAUUACUAUGUUGUAUAAAACCAUGCAUAAUAAAUCUGUUUUUUAAGGCUUCUUGAAAACAAAGACAAUAGGAUAAUUUUCUCUUUAAUAAAAUUUACUUAAUUCAACUUGUCCACCCAUAUAAAUUAUUCAGCAAAAAAAAAAGAUAAGUGUUUGUCACUCCUCUGUAAUGUGAUUACAUAGAUUACAUCCAUCUUCGCGGAAGCUAUAAUUAAUUUCCUCUACCAUAUCACAUAACUUUUAAUAAAAACCCCUCUAUAUGUACGAUGCUUAAGUAUAUAGCAAUGUGGGGAGUGGUAAAAGGACAAAUAAAGCAGUCAAUUGACAAUGUAUUCUACUUCUCGAGUGCUAUAAUGUCCUAUGUAAUAUGCAAAGAAAAUCCGUUUGGCCAUUUUCUAACUAAAUUGCUUCGCCAAAUCAAAAUAAAUACGAUUUCCCUCGUCGCACUUGCACUAAACACCGGGAAUCUGAACCAAUCGCAGCACCGCUGAUACGCCCAACCGACCAACUCACCAUGGCAUCAGACACCGCGGAACUCACACAACCAGCUACCAUCUCAAUGAACGCGCAAUCCGUAAGGCGGAGUCAUGGUGGUACUCAAGCGCACCACAUUUUGAUUCACUAUUCUUUCUGCUUAUCCGGCACCUCUGCAGUCUUUGUCCAGAAGUGCUCCGGAAAGCAUCUUGAGCGGACGCGGGAAUUUAUUUUUUGGCGCCUAAACGAAAAAAGAUUCCUCUUUCUUUCUAACUACAUAAUAAAUCCUUAAGACAAUUCUGUGAAAGAGUAGAGCAAGAAAUUAAUUAUCACAGGUGUUAAGGAGAAAUUUCAGGAGAUCCUUGAGUGAUUAAUGUACUUUCGCGAAUUUCUUAAUUUCUCUGACCAAUUUCUUGACCCAGCAAUUCCCAUUGGGGCUCUUGUGUGCGACAGAGAGGUAGCCAAUGUGUGAUUUGGAUGUUGACACCUCGAUGAUUACCUUCAUCCAUAUCGCUGUCAAUUAACGGUCAGCAAAUUGCUGUUCAUGUUUACGGUGACUGUGAUACCCCUGGGACAUGUUCCACCAUUCAAUAAGGUGUUAGCGUUAAUAAGGCAAUGUGAGCAAUAAUUUCUCCGUAUCAGGUGGUGUACAAGUGUGGCUUGCAAGUGGUGAUCAAAGUGCUUUUGUUGGGUGUUGGGGUCAAUUGCAAUAGCCGCCAAAAUAGCGCCCUUAACGGCAAUGUCGACCCACGGGGACGACGAACAGGAAAUAAAUGUGGAUGUGGAUUCGGACUCGAGGAUGAGUUGCGGAGGAAGUGGAUCAGAUAUUGAUUGUGACGGUGGCGGAAGUUGCUAUGAUGAUUCAGAAACUGCCAUAAGCGAACCGAUUCAGUCGGAACAGACGCGCUCCUCCAGUGAAACCCUGCCUUUCAGCAUAUCACGUCUACUAUCGAAACCUUUUGAGAAUAAUAAUAAAAAUGAUAAGGAAUUCUUGGAUACCGAGAGUAAAUUGUCAUCCGCACUGUCGUCGGCGGGUUUAACAUACUCCACAGCCGCCGGUAGUCUCUACACGUAUCCCCUGUAUCCACCUGGCCACGUGCUGAGAGUACCCCCACAGAGGGGUCCAUGUACUCCACUCACGUGGGCACUACCGCCCCUACAUCCUGCUGCCCUCGCUCAUCAGGCUGUGAAAGACCGAUUAGCAGCAGCCUUUCCAAUUGCUCGGCGUAUCGGUCACCCCUAUCAGAACCGAACUCCUCCAAAACGAAAAAAACCUCGAACUUCAUUUACACGAAUACAGGUAGCUGAACUGGAGAAGCGAUUUCACAAACAAAAGUACCUGGCAUCUGCAGAGAGAGCAGCAUUAGCACGAGGGUUGAAGAUGACUGAUGCGCAAGUUAAAACAUGGUUCCAAAAUAGACGAACAAAGUGGAGACGCCAAACAGCAGAGGAGCGGGAAGCAGAGCGGCAGGCAGCCAAUCGAUUGAUGCUGUCGCUGCAGGCUGAAGCGUUGAGUAAAGGAUUCGCACCUGCGGGUUCUGCUCCACCUCAUGCUACAACACCGACGGCAUCAGCAGCCCCUCCUCUUGCAGCUCUGCACGGUUUGCAACCCUGGGCUGAACCCCAUACGGCAGGUUGCUGAAAGAUUGCCCAAUUUGCCGUUUAUUUUGAGGGCUAAACUAACUAACCCAUGUGCGUGAUAGGAUGCCUAUGAGAGUGUGAGACAUUAAUCUGGAAUGUGGUUUAGUGCAAACUAUCAAUAGUGAAUCGUACAGCUAACAUUAAUAAUAUACUUUGUAAAGAAAAGACAAUGAAUGAUCUCAUGCAAAAUUGUGAAAAAAAAUGUGAAUUAACUGUAUAUAUAGCUAAACAGUGGCUUUCAUUUUCCUUAAAAAAAAUUAUUAGAUUAAUUAUUCAAUAUUUGAAUAAGAACUUACUAGUGUAACUAAUUCAAAGUCUUAAAACAAUUUUUAAAAGUUUUUUUUUUUAAUAUUUUCUUGAAUAUACUGCCUUUAGGAGAUCCCAGACAAUCUUUUCCUUAAAAAUUACAUAAAAUGGUCAGUGAAAACGUUUAAAUUUUAAAUUAAAAGUUAGUUUGUGAUUUUUUUAUUGUAUUUCUGAAAGCCACUAUAGUGUUACAUAGAAUAAGAUUUUAUUAUUGUAGAAAACGAUAUUAUCUUUAGUAAAGAGACAAGAGAAACUACUAAACAUAAACUUAUCACAAACGCAUACCUACAUACUCCUUAAAAAAAAUUGUUUUUUAGUUUUUAAAUUACUUUCCUUUACAAAUUAUACAAGAAUUCAAGGAAAAAGGAAUUAAAAAAACUAUUCAUGAUUUUUUCCUCUAUUCAGAAGUUUAAGAAAUCAACAAAAAAAAUACUUUUUUUUAUCUAAUAAAAUGACAUAAAUGCGUUAACAAUUUCAUACUCAAAUACCCCAAAACAAUGAGUUAUUAUUAAAUUGUAAAUAUAGCGAUAGAACUUCAAUUAAAAAGAAAAAUAGAGUUAAAAAAAAAGUAAUUUGUAAAAGAACCAAAAGUAGAAAUUCUCCUUUGUAAAAGUGAAGGAA